CAUAGAGAAAAUAAAUAAAACUCCAAAGAGACUUCUCUAUCUCUGAUGGAGGGCAUACGACAUCGUGGUGAUGGAACUAGCUCUGUGCGAACAGAUCAAUCUAUAUUUUCAUCUUCAUUAAGCGAUGUGUCGUCUAAUUCACCGCAUUCAAUCCAUAAACAUACAACCACCUAUGCACCAUUCUAUGAAGCUGACACUACUCCUUUUAUACUAUUCAAGUUCCCCAGGAUUAUAUUCAGAUGGUUCUAUACAUUCUCGCUUUUCUUUUUCAUGUUGAUUACCUCUGUUAUGAUUGCAGUCACACCAAUUGAUGUGAUUGCACAAACUUCUGGAUCAUCACUUUCGGGAAUUAAAGUAUUUAUUGUCAUUGGGAUAUGUAUUGUGUUUGUGAUAUCAAGUAUAGUAAUCUAUUUACUGAGAAUAUUUCAAAAUAGAGUUGCUAUGAAUGAUAUUCCUUCAAAAUCUGCAUAUAUUCCAGGGAAAGGUGAUUUACCUAAUAGAUGUAUCAAAGUAAUUGAUGAAAGAAUCAUUAAAUGUGAUGAGAUUAGUAUGAGAGCUGGUCCCUUGUAUAAUAAAGCCAUCAUCAUCAACCACGCUGGAAGAGCACCACCAGAAUAUGUUCAAAAUAGAAAUAAAAGUGCAAAUGGGGAAGGUACCUUAUUACCUCCUGAUUCAUGUUAUGAAGAUAUUAUUAGAAGUUUAGGUGAUAAAUUUAUGAUUGACGGAAGAAUUUUAACCCAGAUAGAUUUACCUAAAAACUUAUCAUUCAAAGAAAUAUUGAUUUAUUUAAUGGAAAUAUAUAAAAAUGAAUCACAUUUUAAACCUGAAUAUGGAUUAGUGAUUAAAAGAUUAAUUGAAUCAUAUGAAAAAUUCAAAUUUGGACCUGAUCUCAUUGAAGAAGCAGAGAUUAUUGAAUUUAUGCUUGAUUUUGAUACAUUGGUAAGAUAUCUACAAUAUAAUUAUAUUGAUAAUAUUGGAUAUAGUUCAAAAUCGAGAAGAAAUUCCAAAGUUAGACUGUUUAACGAUGCUAGUUUAUUGGAAAGGUCACUUUCAACUAGAGGCAGGUCCCACAGCUUUAUACAACGCCGUAAGAAUGAUCAGGAUGAUCAUCUUGAUAUUCCAAUAGUACGUACUAACACUGGUGAAUUGAUUCCAUCAUUCACAAUUGAUUCAAAUUCAGACGCAGCUGAUUCCAUUGUGUCCAACUUUCCAAGAGGUUCACAUGGUCGUAGUGGAAGUUUGGUGUCAGUGGUACAAAGUAAAUUAGCACUUGGUAGGAAAAAAUAUCGAGAAGAAUAUGAUCCUGAUUUAACUCGUGAUAUGGGUUAUGUCACUGAUAGUGAAGAUGAUGAAGAUGAUGAUCAACAUAGUGCUGAAGACUUUUAUAAUUUCAGACAUCGACGAAGUAGAUAGAUAGCAUAAGUAACCAAUAACCUAAUAAGAUUAUAUUGAUGC